ACUCCCGGUAAUCGAUUCCUCGCCGAUGCGUCCUGCGGUGCUGAUGAUGACUGCGCGGGCCGCGGCGGCGGCGGCGAGUCGGAGUGCUCCCCAUGGCGCCCUCUCCACCUCCUCCACCUCGUCCACCUCCUCCGUCUCCGCUUCGCGUGGGCAGGGGGAGACCCAAGCGCCUCCAUUCGCGCGCCACGCCCGCAGGAGCGCGGCCCACUCCGCUGCGACGGCGGCGGCGGCUUCCGAGCUGGGGAGUCGCGUGGUGUGGGUGGACCUCGAGAUGACAGGGCUGGACAUCGACAAGGAUCAGAUUAUUGAGAUCGCUUGUGUCAUCACCGACUCCAAUCUCAACAUCAUUGCGCAAGGGCCCAGCCUGAUCAUCCACCAGCCGGAUGAGCUGCUCGACGGCAUGUCCACCUGGUGCAAGGAGCACCACGGCAGGUCUGGACUGACCAAGGCGGUCCGAGAGAGCGUGGUUUCGCUCCAGAUGGCCGAGUACGAGGUGCUGUCGUUCGUUCGGCAGCACACGCCCCCCGGAGUGUGCCCUCUGGCAGGGAAUUCGGUGCAUGCAGACAAGAAGUUUCUGGACAAGUUCAUGCCACAGUUUAUGAGGCAUCUCCACUACAGGAUCAUCGAUGUCAGCACGAUUAAGGAGCUAUGCAUGCGCUGGUAUCCUGAAGAGUAUGAAAAGACGCCCAAGAAAAAGGCAACACACCGGGCCGUGGAGGACAUCAACGAGAGCAUCAAGGAGCUGCAGUUUUACCGAGGGAACGUCUUCAAGCCGAGCCCGGCGAGCGCGGCCACGCAAUCGCACGGCACCGACGAGCCACGCUCAUCCUGAUGACCCCCGCGUGGCGGCCGACCGACCCACCGACCCAAGUCAACAAUCCGCACGCUGCACAACGCAGCAGUGGCACCAACACGGAUUAGGAUGCCCUCGCCCAUGCCGUAGACAAAACACCGCACGUGCAUGUUGCCCACUGCCUGGCACCCGCACCGAUUACAGCGCUCACCCAUGCCGUAGACAAAACACCGCACGUGCAUGUUGCCCACUGCCAAUGCCCAUUCUUUCAGCCCUUACAACUGUGUAUCCUCAAGUAGGCAAUGCAGACGUUGGCGACACGCGUCAUUCCUUUACACACAGGUCGUGAAAUGGUUUGUUUUACGUGUAUUUGUGUCCCGUUUGAUUUUGUAACGGAGUUUCAAAUAAAAUGUAGAACGCUGAAUUGGCAUUCGUGCAUCUAAAAGACAAACUGGAAACAUUGCGCUGGUGCCCACGGACGAAAGCACCUCACCACCGCCGUCACCAUUAACACUGCCUCGCACACAUAUAGAUGCUGUACGUGAAUAUUUAAAUGUCACGGAGUGUGCGAGAGAUCCUUUAGAGCGAGCAGAAAGAAAAUGUCCUUGCUAUAACAAUGCUGGUGUAUGCUCUAUUUCUCGAUAAAAGGCCCCGGUAAUGACUGGAGUGGAGAGGCGUUGUCAGCGUAGCCUGUGCCACACCGGGCGACUUUUGUUAUUUGGAUUCUUAAAAUUGUGGGAGAAAUAUAUUUCGGCGUUCCCUGUUGCAUGCAACAGCUCGAUGUUUGACGUUUUGGGUUUUGCAAAGGACGAUGCGGUGCGAACUUGGACCAGGUCGAGCUCGACCUGUCGACGAGCUGCAAUGGAAAGGCACCGUCCCGCAAGUGCCCUUUCGUGCCUUGGCCGAACCAUACACACGCGGCUCCUGAUCGACGUUCCCCAGGCAGUGCCUUCGUUAUCACGUUUGUGCCAAGGUCUCAUGAUUUAGAGGUGUCGCUUCAGGUAAGGGGAAUUCAGAAUCUGCGGAAGCUUCGUCAACUGCAAAAGCUCCCGGCUCGUGGAGCGAAAUGUCGGGCAUGGUGCCACACGACGCCGCGGUACAACCCGGCAGGCAGCACGUUGGGAGGAGAGAUUUGCGGCCCAACCAUGAAAAAGAACCCCCGUGCAGUAGCAACGUACAUUUCUCGAGCAAAAUUAGGACCGGUGUUUUUUGUUAUUGUAAAGCAUUGCCACGAUGCGCACUCCUGUGCGCUGUGCUGUGAGGGUACUCGGGCUGAAGUUGACGGCAUCGGAGCAUUGCCGAAGUGUGCAUACGAUGCACAAGUGGGACGCAUGGCAGCGAGGGCUCGUCCUGCUGCAAUUGUAUUGAUCCUGCGUGAUGAUAGGCGAGUGCAGGUGUGCCAGCAAUUGAAUGACAUUACACUCCCAGGGGCCCCUCGGCAGGAAAGAACGUUCCACCAGUCGGGGACAUCAUCAUGCUUUGUGUUGCUACUACUUUGCAUGGCCUUGUAUGAAUCUUACUUAAAUACAUUUCCUUGUGCAGUUGUAGAUUAUUGGCCAAAUGUGUUGACACAGUACGAGUAAAAGUGACUUGCCUAAACCUGUCAAUGCAGUAGACGGUAGCCCUCGGUGAUUAGCUGACACUUGGGUGUACCGUGAUUAGGAUUUGCCUAGCACCCUGCUCAACGUUGUGGCUAGCCUGUUUCUCGGCAGGUAUACGUGGCGACAGCCGCGUUACUGCUGCAUGGCAUUGAAACGCACGCACGCUUGAGUCAAAUGUCGCCCAAUGCUGAUGUCUUUAAGCACCACCUACCAACACCAUUGUUUAUUUGUAUUUUCAGCAAUGCAGUAGUACACUGGCUUUCCACGACUUGUGGGGUUGGUGUUUUACGAGAGCAGUCAAGCUUGCAACACGAUAGUAGGCAUGACGGAGAGAUGGAGACGUUCUCAUUGUAGCAUGCUACUGCUUACAACUCGUGAUGGGCUGGACUAAAUGCAUAGUAGCCCUGCAUCGUGAUAUAUGUGAACUUAAGAGCUUUCGAGAGGGUGAUUUGAUUUGUUAACAUCUUAGCCACAUAAGGGGAAAUGUUUUGAUACCAAGGGCAAAAUCGCAAAUAUAUAUGUUUUAAUGUUCCACGUAUCAAUACAUUCUGAACUUCUGUAAGUCCGUUGUUGUGUAUUUUUUGUGUAUCCAUGCAGCAUUCCGUGCAGUGUAUUUGGUAUGUAAAGUAAUAUACCAGAGCUGGGAUCGAUUGUAAUUACAAACAGCAGCGUUGAUGAAAAACAAUAGAUUUUACCUUUUCUGGCAAUGCAACAGGUGUUAAGAUGUUCAAAGACCAAAUAGAUAGAUUUUACAAGGCAUCAAGGACAAUGCAUCUAUUUUCAGAGCAUGUUUGUUUGCAUGUUUUGUCACAAGCACGUGUGGUUAGUGCAGACUUGAUGCCUUGCGAAAGGUAUCUACUUGGUGUUUGAACAUCUUAACACCUCUUUCAUCGCCAGAAAGGGUAAAACCUCUUCUUGUUUUUCAUAAUUUUUUAAUGCGCGCAAAAAUGUCCCAUAGAUACAGCUGCAUUGUUAGCUGACAUGGUUACAUUAUGUUUGCAAGUCAUUACGAAUGACCCGAUUGCAAAUGUCAGUACCCAAGUCUACAACAGACAUCUCACCUUCAUUCGAGGGCCUCCAUGCCUCCUUGCAACAUGCAUUCUACUACAGCCCAUUGCUGUGAAAUCUAAACGAGUCGCCCAAACCGCACUGGGAGGGAUGACUUCAGAUGUGACGUUUGUAUAAGACGGAAAGCUUUUUUGAAUCGUUACUGUAUUUUGUUUUACAUAAUCCGUAUUGAAAAAAUAUAUCAUACAAAUUUGGAAUGGUUCAUUGCAAUAAACUAUGUAGGUAAGCUGAAUAAUAAUUCCAGCCUUAAUAUAGCCAUGUGCAUUUGUAGUAAUCUUUUGAACGGCCUUAAGUCUAGUAUUUAGACGUACAUCGUUUUAUAACAGGAUUCAGAUAAAAAAUAUUUUUAAAAAUUACUGUUUUCUGUGCAGGUGUAAAUUUAAUAAAAAAAAUGGGUUUACCUCUGUUCCUCCCAUUUUAAAUUGCCUACUUUCAAUCAAUUUGGAAACUAUGUCAACAGGGACAAAAUCGCUUGUUAAUGUUAUAUCUGAGUUUUGGACUUGUAAAAGUGUACCCUUGAAUAAACUUGUCUUGGGUAAGAGGAGUUUGGCCAUCACG